AUGUCGAAGUACAUCCGCUGGGACGCCGAGGGCGUCGAGUACGAGCAGCCGGGCGAAAAGGAGAAGAUCUGGGAGGUGUCGGAGCAGUUCAACCGCAUGCAGAUGAUGAAUUUCAACGAGCACCACCACUGCUUGCGAGGAACCCAUCUCAAGACCCAAGGUUGCGUCAUGGGCAAAUUUGUCGUUCACGAGAACCUUCCCGCCCACCUCGCCCAAGGCAUGUUCGCAAAAGCCGGCACAUACGACGUGAUCAUGCGCUACUCGUCCCUGACGCCCAAGAUCCUCCCCGACAACGCUCCGCAGCCGCGAGGCAUUGGUAUGAAGAUCUUUGGCGUGCAGGGCGAGAAGAUCUGGGGCGAGGACAAAGGCACGCAGGACUUCACAUUCAACAACUACCCCGUGCUUGAACUCCGCACUCCCAAGGACACUCAUGAGAUUGCCGACUCGCUGGAGCGAAACUGGAACACGCUUGAGAAGUUUGCCACUGAGCUGUCGGAGCGGCCAGAUGCGGAGUCCGCAUACCGUCAUGGAGACUACGUCGCCAAAUACGGCGUUUUCCCCAAGGGCGAGGAGCAGAUCAAGCUCGAGAACGAACUCAUCGCUGAUGAUGCCCCAAUCAACAUCCUCUCCCAGCACACUCGCCAAUUCCAUCAGAACCACAAGGUCACCUACUCCUUCUGCGCUCAGCUCUUGCAGAACCUCGAUCAGCAGCCCGUGGAAGACAUCGGCGUGGAGUGGGAUGAGAAGAAGUACCCGUUCGAAGAGAUUGCACACCUCGAAUUCGAUCCGCAAGACUCAUGGCUGCCCGAGUUCCGUGUCUGGUGGGACGACAGGAUUACCUGCAACUCAUGGCACGGCUUGAAGGCGCACCAGCCGCUCGGCAGCACCAACCGCAUGAGGAGGGUCGUAUAUGCCGAGAGCAGGAAGCUUCGUCUGCGCGUGAAUGCUUUCAAGGACUACAUCGAACCCGCAGGUCUGGCAGAGGUGCCAGCGCCGAUUCCAGCCGUACAGAUUCCCAUGAAUCCGAAAGCUGGACAAUUUGCGGUGACUUCGGUGCAAGUUGGUGCUUGAGUCGGAUCAAAGCCUGUAGAGAGUGUAGCAAUGCCUUGAACCCUUUUUCUCGUGUCAAUGCGGGCAAUAUACGGUGAUUCUUGUAUCGAUGAGCGCAAUAUCCGAUGCAAGUCAUCAACCAAUCAUUGUCCAAAGACGGUCCAGUGAAUGCGGUCAGACUCGCAUCACCGCGCAAAAAUCACCAGAAAAGGUGCUUUGGGAACUGUGCAGGAAGUUGUUUCUCGGAUGUCGGUGUCUCCUCCUGGCGUGUUGGAGGUCGCAUUUCUGUUAUCUGGGGAUCA